AUGUAUAAAUAUUUAAGUCACUUGGAAGAAGAUCUACAUGAAGAUAAAGGUUCAACUUGCAGCACUUUACUGAUACUACUGUCCGUAGCUCUGGUUAUUUUAACACUACCGUUUAGUCUAUUUGUAUGUUUUAAGGUGGUUCAGGAAUAUGAACGUGCGGUUAUAUUUCGUUUGGGACGUUUAAUGGCUGGUGGUGCCAAAGGGCCAGGCAUUUUCUUUAUAUUACCCUGUAUUGAUUCAUACGAUAGAGUGGAUUUGCGUACGCGAACUUAUGAUGUACCUCCACAAGAGGUGAGUUAA